AUGCCACAGGAACCGCGCUAUGAAAUAUACCGAUUCGACGAGCAAAUCAAGAUUUUGCAAGAGAAAGCCAUUGUGGAGGUCCUCACUUCAACACCGGCAGAGAAGCAACUGAGACUGGAUUCGUACGGCCUAGGAAAAUUAUGCGAAGAACUUAGCGAUGAAGUGAUUCGAGGCAUGAAUGGACCUCUCGCCAGGUGGGCUAAUGGCUGUGGCCUUGUCAUCAACGACCUCGACAGACCAAGCUUCCGAUCCGAGGCCUUCAGACUACAGAAGGGCAGUGCACUGUGGCCAGGGAAAAAUUCCACGGCGCUGCUUGUGCCUUUGAGCAACGGCAACGCUAAGAUCGAUUUACUUCCACGCGGAAGUAAAGACAGAGUUGCCCAUGACUGGGAUCCACGCACCGUCAUUCAUUUGAACGAAAUGGGUUUUGAAUUCCAGGGGAAUGGGAGUGUUCGAUUCAUCUACAUUCUCUUUCAGACGGCGCGUUGCCCCGAAUAUCAUGUCUGGUGA